ACCCUGUUCAGUCUGGCCGCGCCGCGCUCCGUGUCUGGAGCUUACGCUUAGUCAUGUGAACCUUCUUUCUUACUUCAAUCGAAUUAUCGGCUGCUGCAAUUUAAUUGCAUAAGACGGCCGCUAAAUCCAUGUUAAGCUAGUGAGAAUAACUGUAGGCUAAGUUGUGUUUCUAAGGUGCAUAGUGUUAUGAGCAAUUAGUAUGUUGUGAUUGUGAUGGUGGCAAAGCAAGCAGCAAGAGGAGGGUCGAGGGCAGCAGCAGCAGUUACUGUGACUGUGUUUCCGUGGUCGGGUGUGGCGUUCAUGAGGCCAUGACUAGUGGUACACAUCAUGGCUUACCCAUACAUCACACUUCUGGCAUGCUGGGCCACCUUCAUCCUUGGUGUGCGUGGCGACAUCAGCGAAGAUGGUCGCUCCAUGUGUGCCUACUACAAGAGGGAUGAGGCGCCUCGCGAGACGGGGAUGACGGUGGCGGAUGCUGUGCCAGGCAAGGAGCUCCUGCUGUUCGACGAUCAGGGUAACCAAGCCGUCCUGUGUGCCGCCGCUGACUCCUGCUUCUCCUACUGGACCUACCAGCAGACCGACAACGAGACCUCUAUCUCGUGGAUCACCAGAGGAUGUUGGCAAACACACUGCAACCGUUCUGUGGUGUGACAAGCCAGCGACUAGUUCGUGACAGUUAUUUCUGCUGCUGCACCGGAUAUAUGUGCAAUGAAGAAGUGGCGGUGGAACCAGAGACCAGCCCUGCUCCAAUCCUCACACCUCGACCAGAUGAGGAGGAGGAUAAGUCUUUUAUGGUGGUGUAUGGGGUAUUAGCAGUGGCCUUUGUGUUGGUGGUAACGUGCAUUACAGUCACAGCUCUACGCUGGAGGAGAACUAAACCACCCUCUCACCCCAUGCCAGUUGAAGAGCCGACCACCUCCCCAUGUAUUGAUAUGGACUCUAUUAAGUUCAUGGAAGUCAUAGGUCAAGGUCGAUUUGGCACAGCCUACCGAGCUGUGGUACAGGGUGAGGAAAUAGCAGUGAAACUGUUUCCCCAGCACUACAAAUCUUCAUAUCAAAAUGAGAAAUAUAUUUAUUCUCUUCCCCUAAUGGAACAUUCCAACCUUUUGUCAUACUUAGGUGGAGGCGAUUGUGAUGGACCUGAUGGUAACAUGUAUUAUGGAUUGGUGCUGUCAUAUUGCCCCAAAGGUCGUCUUAGCUCCUACUUAGCCGAAAAUACUAUUAGCUGGUCCACCUUUUGUCAGAUUGUUUUGAGUGCCACCAGUGGUCUUGCACAUUUACAUUCAGAUAUAAGGAAAGGAGAUAUCGUCAAACCAUGUAUUAGCCAUAGGGAUUUCAACACCCGCAAUUUGCUACUCACCGAAAAUCUGUUGUGUGUUGUCUCUGACUUGGGCUUUGCUAUUCACACACAAGGAGCAAAAUAUUUCAUCAAUGGAGAAGAGCAGCAUGCUGAGACAUCUUCAUUGACAGAUGUUGGAACACUGAGAUACAUGGCUCCUGAAGUUCUUGAAGGAGCUGUAAACCUUAGAGAUUGUGAGGCAGCCCUCAAGCAGAUAGACAUUUAUGCUUUGGGUCUUGUUCUGUGGGAAUGUGCAGCACGUUGUCAUGAUCUUUAUCAAGGCCUCCAAACGCCUCCAUACAUGUUGCCUUUCCAGGCUGAAAUUGGUCUUCACCCAUCCUUUGAGCAGGUACAAGUGCUGGUAACCCGCAAUAAGGCUCGGCCAUUAUUCCCAUCAGUGUGGAAAGACACUAAUCCUGCGAUACGCUUACUUAAGGAAACAAUUGAAGAUUGCUGGGACCAUGAUGCUGAAGCGCGCCUCUCAGCUAUGUGUGUUGAGGGAAGGUUGGCAGAGCUGCCAGUCCUCUGGGACAGAUAUAAAUCGAGCCUAGGAGUGAAUGGUGUGAGUCCUACUAUGAACCCGAUGUCAAAUCUGACAAUGAGUCAGAGACAAGGAGAAAUGUUCAGUGGCCUGGUAGGAAAUGGAGGAAAGGUUAUUAGCAAUGUUAUCACACCGAGAGAUAAGGAGUCCAGUGUAUCGGAAGCAACUGUAGAGACAACUAUCACUGCUUCCCCAUCUGAGCCCCCACCAGAUAUUUGUCUUGGUAAAAAUCAAUUAAUUGGGACUCUGCAGCCUCCUAUACCACCCCUCCAGCCACACCAAGGCCGCAACCCAUGCAUGGAGCGCAACCUGAUAAGAGAAGUGCCCCAAGAACUUACUGUUUCGGGCAAUAUCCUCAUAGAUCAUUUGAAGAGCAAUGAUAUAAAUUCUAUUAAUACUAUUAAUUCUGUGAAUUUGAUGGAUGCCCUGGAUAUCCAACAUGCUCUAGAGUCUCAUGGGUUUACUAAUGAACAUCUUAUGCCUUUGUUGAAUGGACACUCUAACACUGCAUCAGUUGUGUCACAGCCACGCCCCACUUUGCCUCCUCCAACCUUAGUGCAACCAAUACCAUAUUUGCAGAAUGAAGUUCGUUCCAUUGAUAAUCAACCAAAACGACAAAAUACAGCUGUACGAGAUGGAGAGAACCGUGAUAAUGGUCACUCAAGUGGCAAGGGUAGUUCAUGGCGACGGUGGCGUAAUGCUUGGGAAGAUCGACUGAAAUCAAUAAUUCCAAGGCGGCGGCACCACACUGGAGAAGAUGAGGAGAGACAGGAGAUCUUAGUUACCCCCACUAGUAGUAGCUUGUCAGAGCCACCAACGCCACUAACUGCAACACAAUCAGUGACAGUCACAGCAGCACAUUUACCCAUGCAAACUGAGGUGCUUCUUACAAAUGGGGGCCCUCAUACUGUGAUCUCUCCAAACCAUACACUAAACACCCAGCAUUCAUCACUACCAAGUUACAUAGCUGAAACUGAAAUAGGUAUUGCGAAAUUGCAUCUUCAAAAUGGAUAUGCACCAAUUAUUAGAUCAAGACAAGGAUCAAAUGACAGUGGACUUAAUAAAUCAAGUGAGAACAGUGUUAGUUUUGUGGACAGUGAUAAUUCGUGUGAGAAAUUAAAGAGACCUACUACUCUUACUCUACCAGACAGGUCACAGCAGGCUCUUGUAAAUAAAACCGUAAAGCAGCAGGUAAACCAAGAGGUAACUCAAGACACUGAAAGUACUGAUUGUCAAGAAAGUGAUCCUGGAGUGGAGAUUGAAGAGUCGCCACCACUGAGGAAAGCAAAGCACCGUGUGAAGACUCCUCGAAGACCCAUGAAUCCUCGUCUCUCACUAUAUGACGACCGUAUUAUGGGAUGUGAUGAAGGUGAAGAAGAUGGUCAAGUUGUCAAAGGUGAAGGUCAGUUAGAUGAAAGUCUCUCACACUCGCUCCCUAUUCACAUGGACACCUUGGAGCAACAGCAACCAUUCCUCACCAAAAGUGUAGUUGUAACAGCAGCACCCUCACAGCACACUAGUGCAGCUGUCCUUAGGCAUUCUAAGGUUGCUAGCACAGUUAGUACUAACAAAGCCAAUAGUAGGGGUAGUAGCCAAGGAUCACUUGGACAAGAGCUUCCUUAUUCUCAUACUCAGCCAAAUCCCCAAGCAGUUGGUGUCCUGUAAAUGUGAUAUAGGGAAAUUAAUGAAAGUGCCCCUUUUAAGGUAAUCAACCCGCCGCUUGCUUUGUUUUGUUAUUUUGAAAUGUAAGUUGUCUGAUGCAUUUCAAAAAUUCAGUGAUAUAAAUUCUCACAGGACAUAGCCCUGCUGAGUGUGUGUAAUUUAAUGAAAUAUUCCAAAUCAUUAUGGAUAUUGAGUUAUGCUGCCAGUAGUGUGGAAGAGACAUAUUAUUAUUACUAGAGCAAGAGAGCACUGUAUGUUAAUAACAUAUAUUUCAAGGUUUUGUUUCCUGAUUUUCAUAUUACUUCUCCUUGGUUUUAAUGUAUGGAGACAUAACCCACACAUUUGUUCAUAUCUUUUGUAGAUUUCUUUUCUUCUGUAUUUUAUGCAAGUAGACCAACUGAUUUCCUGUAACCCAUAGUAAAGCCACAUUGCUUUGAAAGUUGAUUUACUAAGCAGCUUUUUUUAUAUUUAGCACAAGGUUAAAAUAACAGGUAGUUGUUACUUCCUUCUGGAUUAUAAAGAUGGUGACUUGUUUUUUCAUUCAACAUGAUGAUGAAAUGCAGACAGUGGCUACUUUCCUUUUGAUUUUUACGUUGGUGAUUGUUGAAGAGUAUUUUUUUUUCCCCAAAAAUAAAGCCUUAAGGGCUAACACAUUCUAGUCUCUUAUUAAGUAAUUACUCCAUACACAGUACCUGGUGUGGCUUGACUGGGACCAUCCAAGCAGUAAUUUUUAUAGGUACUCAAUAUAAUGAUUAGACAAGUAAAAAAGUAAAUAAUUCAUUGCAUUAUACUAAUGCUCCUAGUUAAUGAGGUUCUAGUGAACUUCCACCAGUUUUAGUAAAUUAAAGUAUUUCAUGACAGAUCCUAUUUAUAUUUAUUAUUUAUAUUAAUGUAGAGAUUAACCAAGUCCAAGGAUAAGAUCUUGUUUGUACAGUAUGAGAAUAUCAAGUUGGAAUAAUGAGAGACAUUUGAUUGAAAAAUCAUUUUAAGAUGCAAAAAUUGUUCACUGAAGUAUUAGUGUAAUGUACAGUACAGUCCUCACAUGUUGCCGGGGAGGUCCUGAGUCAGGUGACCACCAGGAAUUUUGUGGUUUGUAAACUUUUUACUUUUAUUGCUGUAAUAUCCAAUUAUAGUUUAUGAUCUGCA